AUGCGACCUGCGCGGCUGGGUGCGAGUGACCUGCGCAGCCAGGUGCCAGGUGUGGCGGACGAGGAGGGAAGUGUGAUGCGAGUGAGGGCGGUGUUUGGCGUGUGGUGUGAGAGCGAGGGUGGGAGGGGGGAAGGGGUAAGAGCUGACACGGGGAGAGAGAGAGGGUUCAGCGCGUUACCUGGUGAGAGCUCCAAUCUUGAUUUUCGCCAACAAUGGGGAGGCAUGGCAGAGGUGGGUGGGAGGGAGGCAUGGGGAAAGUGGAGCGCGGGAGAAGGAAGCAUGUGCAGCAGCAUCGUGCUGGCGCAGGGUGUGGAGAGGAGGAGAUGGAUUUGUGUCGGAGAUGGAAUGAUGAUUCGGGGAGGAGGGAGGGGAGGGGGUGGAGUAACCUCUUUCUUCCACCUCAUCCCACCUCCGCCUCCCACCUCCCUGCCCUCCUCUCUCAGACCAGCACACCUCAUCCCACCUCCGCCUCCCACCUUCCCUGCCCUCCUCUCUGCGCCCUUUGCACGGGAACCACUACCAGAGGCAGUGGGUGUGGAGGAAUUGACCCACUGCCUGCAGCAGGAUCUACCAUCGGCACUGGGCGAGGAGGACUUGACGCACUGCCUCGAGCUGAGGGACCUCAAGGGGCGCUCCGCCAUGCACGGGGGUGAGGGAGGGAGUGAUGUGGCUGGUGGAGGCAAUGAGGAACGAGCAGACCGCAUCAAGCAAAGGGCAGAUGCUGCUGCUGCCUUCCGAUAUGGACUCAAGGUUGUAGCCAUGGAACAAUGCCUUAGUGGUUCUGCUCCUUUCAGCGGCUUGCUAAGGCAGGGAUGGUAA